CUAACAAACUGCUUCAUACCCCGUCCAUGACAAGCUCCAUGCUAACGUCUAACGAACAAGUUUCCAGUUUCUCAAUCGCCUCUUUGCUGCGUUGCUGCGAUGAAGACUCGAAGCAGAGUCCCAGGAUGGGUCAUCCACACAAAUGUUGCAGCGUGAAGAAAACAGGCCGCAAAUCUGGUUCGUUCAGACAAACUGAUAUUCAAAGUGCAUUCUCUGGAUCAUCUGUCGCAGGCAAGGAUUUCUCGGAGCCUGAUUUAACAGAGGGAACCUAUUCUUUUAAAGUUCAAAGUAUUUGCACCUUUUCGGAGCCGCUGCCUCGCUGGGUUCUUCCCUCCACUCAGUCUACAGAGUACAGCCUGAAGGGACACCUUAGUUAUCAACCAGCCAGCCCGUUCCUGUACUUGCCACAAGGUAUUCACGUAUUAAACAAAGGACUGCAUCAAUUUGCAGUUGUAAGCUGCCGUGCUUCUAUUUCCAAAGGCACUCGUUUUGGUCCUUAUCGCGGCAGGGUGGUUCAACCCUCACAAGUUAAAGAAGGUGAAGAUAAUGCGUACUUGUGGGAGGUAUGCAAAGAAGAUGGCAGCCUUGCAUAUUACAUUGAUGGACUCUCAGAAACAGAAAACUGGAUGAAGUUUAUCAAUUGUGCUCGCAAUAACGAAGAACAAAACCUUGUGUUAAUUCAAGAUGGCGAGCAGCUGUUUUACGAAUCAUGCCGUGAGAUCUUAUAUGGAGAAGAAAUGUUAGUUUGGUACGGAAACCGCUAUCACAUGUUCAUGGGAAUUCCGACUGGAAUGAAGGCGUCACCAUGCAAGGAAAGGAAUAACGAAACCGCACAGGGUGCGUUUGGGAGUUUCUCAUGUGAACGUUGUGGUAAAGUGUUCGCCUACAAAUAUUACCGUGACCGCCACCUUAAAUACACCCGAUGCGUUGAUCAAGGCGAUCGUAAAUUCCCGUGUACUGUCUGUAAUCGAUCCUUUGACAAACGGGAUCGGCUUCGUAUCCACGUUCUCCAUGUUCACGAAAAGCACCGUCCCCACCAGUGCACAGUGUGUGGAAAACGCUUCUCUCAGUCAUCCAGCCUCAAUAAACACAUGCGGGUUCACAGCGGAGAAAGACCCUACAAGUGUCCACAUUGUGUCAAAGCGUUUACCGCUUCCUCCAUUCUCCGGACACACAUUCGUCAACACAGCGGAGAAAAGCCGUUCAAGUGCAGGCAUUGUGGACGUGCAUUUGCGUCACAUGCAGCACAUGACAGCCAUGUGCGCCGCACCCACACGAAGGAAAAGCCUUGUGUUUGUGAAUAUUGCGGCAAGGCCUUUGCGCAAUCUUACGAACUUAAGUUUCAUAUCAACAUGCACACAGGAGCCAAGCCCUACACCUGUGAGAAGUGUGGCAGAGCAUUUUCAAGUCCUUCAUCACGUGACCGACACCGUGCUAAUUUUGACUGCAUCACAAGAAAGAAUCGAGCACCAAAAGUCAUGCGGAAGAACAUCUUAAGUGUUUAAUCCGCUUUCUAAUAAUACAUUACUUGGAUCUAACUGUCAAUUCAAACAAGGUAUACUCAGAAUAAACAA